AUGAGUAAAAGAGGUAAAGGUCACUUUUCUGAUGUAAUUUAUGAAACUAUAGUUCUUUCUGAAUACCGUACCAAUAUCGAGCUUAAUGUUGUACCGCCGGCGUUGCUUUUACUGACAAAUGGUCGAUACUUCUUCUUAAUAGAAAUGACAAGUACACACCGGUCAGUUCUUAGAAUCACAGGUGGAAAAAUUAAGGGGUAAGUGGUACAAUCCCUUGUUAUUUCAUGUAUAUUCUAUUUUACGGGUUGUGUUUGAUGAAUGCCCAGAUUCAUGGUGACGAACCAUCAUAACCAUGUGCGCUUCCACAACACUAGAUAAGCGUUUAUAAAGCUUUCUCCUCAGCUCGCCUCGUUGUGUUUUAUAUUCCAUAGCUACCACGAAUUUAAAAUAAAGGGACCAGAAGGCACUCCGGUGAAUGUUUACCCUGAAAGUGGGAACGAAGAUCCAUUUGCGCUACGAUGCGUUUUACCAGAAGUAGCUGAUAUGCCAUCGACACUCCAAGAUGUAGUAAUGGUAUCCACUAGCACUAAGAAGACAUAUACUUUAAGAGAAGUUGCGGGAAGGCAGAUUGGCCGUGUUCAAUACUUUCUUAACAGAGAAAUCAAACAUUUGCUGGAUUGCGGCAAAAUCAACAAAAUUGAAGGGUAUGUAACUGGAGCAUUAGAGUACCGGAAAUGCCAUGAUUACCAAUGCAGCAACUUGAAUUGUAAUAAUUAGCACAGCGUUCAUAUCAUGAAGAACAUAUCAGUGGUAAUAUUUCCAAUCUGAAAUUAAGUGCGAGGGUUCGUCUUACAUGAAUUAUUACUUUCUGUAUAUUUUUUGUCAGGAUGAUAACUGGGAAGCCAACAACAACAAAGAGGACACCGGUACAUCAAAAGUGGGAAAAAAAAUGUCAGGCACGGUGGUGGAGCCUUUAUUCCUGUACUUGGAAAAUCGAAUGUAAUGAAGAGUAUAUUGGAGAACUGGAGAGAAGGCUGUCGCUAGUUGUUUCAGAAAUGGGAGAGGAAGGAGCAGAUAUGGUCGUGGAGGUACGUUGAGUGCGUGGUAGUCUGUUUCUUGUUCAACUUCCUAUAUGUAGCUUACAUAAUUGUUGCGAGAAGCUUCAGUCAUUCAAAGCCAAGCCAGUAUUCACAGGGCUUGGCGCUGCAAACUUAUGCGCUACAAUUUCAGCCUCCCAAUAAUUUCCCCUCAGGGACCAGAGUUGUUUUUUUAGCUAAGAACGAUUUACAAGUAAGGUAGCAACACUUCAGGAAAUAAACUCUGUCAAAUAUUACUUUUUAACAGAUUGUUGGACCCGUAUUAGAGACAUGUACAAGCGCUGAAAACCUGGAAGCUUCGCCGUCCACCAAGAAAGCAAGACACUGA